CAGAGUUACCCGCCUAGAGACUUACAGCCCAGAAGUUUCCACUCUGGAUGUAGUGCUCCAACAAGGAGGCGUCUAUCCGAGAAGCCCAAGACUCCCAGAAGGCCUGGAAGCAGUGCCCUGGGUAGGCCUGCAUGGACAUCCCCAUCAACCCCAGAGACUUCCGCUGCCUGCAGCUGGCCUGUGUGGCCCUUGGCCUGGUGGCUGGCAGCAUCAUCAUUGGUGUCUCCGUGUCCAAGGCUGCCGCUGCUGUGGGUGGUAUCUUUCUUGGUGCUGCUGGGCUUGGGCUCCUCAUCUUCACCUACCCCUUCCUGAAGGCUCGAUUCAACCUGGACCACAUCCUACCUGCUAUAGGAAACUUGAGAGUCCAUCCUAACUCAGGACCAGACCAUGGGGAAGGAAGGCCCAGCAACAACACCAGUAAAGAAGGAGCCCGUAGUGGCCUGUCCACUGUGACCAGAACCCUGGAGAGGCUGAAGGCUGGAGGCCGGGCAACUGAAGAAGCAUAA